GGGUGUCCGGGGCGGCCACUUCCUCCUCUGACGGGGUGGCACCCCAGAACCUGCUGGAGGGACGCGAAGACAGACGGACAGGGAUGGACCGAUUCUGGACGACCACUGGCCGGGCCUCCCUUUUGGCAGCUCUGGUCCUGGGGCCGGUUUGGGCCCAACCCCUGGCCCAGAGGAAGCCGUGGCUGGUGGGGCUGGGGGCCGUGCUGGCCGCCCUCUUCCUCCUCUUCGUCCUCACCCUGCUCUACGCCAUCUGGUGCAGCCAGUCCCGCGACAGCCAUAAAGAGGAGGAAGUGGGGGCCGUGAGAGAGGAGGAGAAAGGAGAGGGCGACUGUGAGCUGGCCCUGGAGGAGAAGGAGGGGCCUCCAAGCCACGAAAGAGGGGCGAACUCCUCUGAAUGAAGGCUUCCCGCCUGCCGCCUCCAGGCAGGCCCCCAGGGACACCCCGUGCACCCGACUAGCGCAGACCUGGUCCUGGGGCCAGUGAAAUUAUCCCAUGUGGGGUUCAGAUGAGGAGCCCUCAGAACCCGCCCCCCAUCCCCCCUUUGCUUUUAUUUCCCCGGGCGUUCAUACACCUCCUUCCCAAGCACACCCUGCGCAGGCCCCGCUGAAGGGUAAGAGCCACGGUGGAGGGGGAACCUGUGCAAAGGCCCUGCGGUUGCGGCCCCAGAGCAGGUCCAGCCCCCCAGCCACCUUGCCUUCGUGGCUCCUGGGCCCGAGCUUUGAGCGGACUCAGCGGCACACACGGCCCUUUCCUGGGAGACCAGCCCCCCCCC